CUCCCUUUGCAGUGGUCACGUGAGAAAGAAGCUGCACUUGGUGCCCUCAGAGCAUCCAGUAUAAUCUUCCCAAAACGCAUCCCUAAGGAGGUGAAUCAUCUCUUCCAUGAUAAAGUGCACCAUUUGGCACCCAUCCUGGAUAAGGAUAGCGUCCGGCGCUUUCUCAGCUAUAUGGAGAGGAAUGGGCAGGGCAUGCAAUGGGAUUCGAUCAUCACCCCAGAGGCUUUGAACCAUAUGAUUUCACAAAAUGCGGUGAAAUGUGUCAAAAUUGUCUUGGAGGGCCAGGCACCUGAGCUUGAUGGGUGCCGAGCCGAUCCCAACUGCAUGAACCAGUAUGGGUACUAUCCCCUCCACCGAGCUGCUGAAUUUUUUUCGGUUGACAUGAUUCAGUUGCUCGUUCGCCACGGCGCGUCCGCCAAUCUACGCACAGCCGGUGCUGAGGUCAUCGAGGGCCUUCUCCCACUCCAUGUUGCAGUCGAGAACACGUGUAUGCAUAAGUAUCUGGAAGACAGUCUGUUUCCUAACCACGAGCAUUGGGAUUACACUGAGGCAGAUGCCAACUUUAUCUUCAAGCUCAUCCAUCUUCUGUGCCUACCUGAAAUGAAGAUCUUCUUGGAUACGACUCGGCUGAUUGCAAAAUACACAGAUAAUCUAUUGGAUGAGCUGUGGAAUUACAUAAAAGAGGGAAAGCUUGCCGAGACAGCCGUUUUGCUCAUGGCAGCUCAAGAGCAGAUACGCAUGGGAACUUCUCGCAAGAGAAAUGGAGAUAGUAAGCCAGAUGGGUUUGCUAUUACCUGUGACCGUAUUUGGAACAACAAUAUUGCUUUGCAGUCUGAGAAGGGUCAACAAGUGGAGGCAAGGAUAAAGCUUAAUAAUAUGGCAUUGAUGCUUGUUCAUGUAAUUUCCAAAGCUGGUGAAGGUCUUGAUUCAUACAUUCAGAAGCAUCUAGAGGUGCCGUAUUUCAUGCAGGUGCCCCGUUUGGAGGUCAUUGAACGUGUUUCC